AUGAGUGAUUAAGAUGUAGCUUUGAUGCUGUAAACAAUAGAAACUCAGAGAAUUCAAGUUGACUCACUUACUUCAGAUGUCUAAAAAAUUUAGAGCUCUAUGGAUUUAUUCAGGCAAGAAAAUGAAAUAUUAGAGAAAAGGCUAGCUUAUGCUAAAAGAAGAGCAGAAUAAGCUAAGGGUAUGUAUAUUCAUCCUAAUAUUUAAGUAGCCUUGAACAAUGAGGAGGUUAAGAAUGAAGAUUCAAUAGUAGAACAGAUUGAUGGUGAAUAAAGUUUGAGAGAUCAAGAAAUGGAGGAUUUAUCUUAAAAUGACAAAGAUAUGUCUUCAAUAUUUUAAUAGAAAAUGGUUCCAACUACAUUUGCAUUUUACUAUUACUAUGCUGUAGGUAUGGAUACGCCUGUCUACAUAAUGGGUGAGUUCAAUAAAUGGGAGCCAGCAAUUAUGGAAAGAGUUGCUGAUUAAAUUGCCAUUUAUAAAACAUAGGUUCUUUCUGGUUAUAAAUACAGAUUUAAUUUCAGUGUCGGAGGUUCAUUCGCUACUGACUCCUAGCAAAGCGAAGAACCAGACUAGAAUGGUCAGAAUGUCAAUUUCAAAUACGUUGUAAAGCUCUAAGAUAAUGAUCCAAAUGGGGAAUACAAAAUUGAUCCAUAAAUACUCAAAAAAUUACCGUUAUUUGUCCACUCAGAACUUAAAAAUAUUCGCGAGUAAGAACUAAAGAAGAUUUAAUUAGAUGAUGCUGAAUUGCAAGAGACAACUGCCAAAGUUACCAAUGAAGUCUUACAAAAUUUAUAAAAUGAAGAUGAUGAUGUCAAAAUUCAAAUAUUAAGUCUUUUUUUGAGAAGAAAUAGAUAUGUAUUAACAAAACUAGAAAGUUUAAGAAAAAUCAGAAAGUUUUCAGAAGCUUCAGCUAACUCUGAAGUAUUUUAAUAAACUACUGAGCAAAUUUCCAACUUAGAAGAUGAACACCUGAAAAUAAUUAAAGCUAUUAAAUUUUUGAUAAGAGGUAGAAUCGCUAAAAGUAUUAAUCAAGGAGAAUAUUAUUACAUUAAUUCAUUCAGAGGUGAUGCUAAUGAACUUGUAUUGAGAAGAGUUUACGAUAACUUUGGAAUACUACUAAAUGAUAAUUAAGCCAGUGAGUUCAACGUAGUAAAUACCAAUGAAAGUUAUUUCUUAGAGAGCUUUCAAGUUCUAUCAAAAGAGGAUGAGAGACAAUUCAGAAACGAUUUAAUCAAUAACAAAGCUCACAUUUUGCUAGUAAGAUUUAACGUUAAUAUAAUUGACUAUGGAUACUAUUAAUAAAAAGACUGUCAGCCAGUUGAGCUAUAACCUCAAUUACCCAUUGAUUAAUACAGCUACAGUAUUGAAUAAAGCAAUUAAUUCGUCUAUGCAGUUACUAGAGGAGAAUACGGUGAUGUAAAGCAUGAAGCUUAUAGAGUUGGAGAGGAAGCUGGAAAUGCUCAAGAUAGAAAUAUUCAUUUCUAUACAAAUGAGAUAGCAAGCAAUAUCUUAAAUAUCUUUCACAUCCAUUUGGACGAUUCAAGUGAAUAAGUUACCUUUGAAACAUAAUACCUUUAAGAAAAUUAAAGCACCUAAGACUUUAUUGAAUUCAGUGGUAGUAAUGUUAACUACAAGAUACUAGUUAAAAACUAAAGAAUUCAUGGUUUAUUGUAUUAAAAAGGCUCAGAACCUGCUAAAGAGCUAAGAUUCUAUGAAUAUAGAUUCAACAAAGGGACAUUUGCAAAUGUUGACUACUCAAACAAGCUCGAAUACUCCCCAGAAAAUUUGAUUGCAUAAGUUGUUGAAAUCCCAAUUGGAAUAUUAUUCAACUACAACACAACUCCUAUGGAUUUUGUGCAUCAAGAUGCUUGCAUAAAAGUCUUGGAGGUUAUGUGGAUGUGA